AUGAUUGGCUACCAUCAUGUGCUCAUGAUUAUCAUUGCUCUCAUUAUCAUUCUUCUUUCCCUAUUACUGGCCGGAUGUUCCUCCUCUUCUCCCCAAAUACCUAACAUCUUCCUCAUCUCUUUAUACUAUCAGCACUAUGACCCUGUCUUUAAUCUCGCCCAAGUGGAUCCAGGGGUUGUGACAGCCACAGCGAACAUCGUGAGAGGAGCGCAAAUGGAAGUUCGCGUGGGCUAUUUUGGAAUCUGUGUUCAGCCAGACAGUGGAUCUUACAUCUGUAAUGCCAAUGCUACAGCAUUAGCAGAGAUUGUUACUGUUGACGAAGAUCCUCUGAAUCUGAUCUGGGUUGCAUCAACAUUCAAGGAUGCGGUUGUCUUCCCGUACUUGAUUAUUAUCGCGGUCAUUCUCUCAUUCUUCUGCUUCAUCCUCCUUGCAACAUUCCCGGGAUGGCACGAGCAUCUGGAUCCUGAAGGAUCUGAAGUCGAAAUCAAGGCGUUCCCUUCCCGUCCUGUAUCCCAGGUCGCCUUAGCCCUGAUCUUUGUGGCCUCGGUCUUUGUGCUGGUGUCAGUCUUAUGGCAGCAUACAGCGUCGGUAGCUGCAAGUACAAUCGCCCAAGAUCUUGGGAACGGCAGUGUCAAGAGUGGUGUUGGUACUUCAGCGAUGGUGCUGGGUUGGUUCGCCUUUGCUCUCAUGGUCAUCGUGACGAUAGGAUUGCUACUCAUGAUCCUGAGCCUCCGCUUGCUAAACCAACUAACAGAUGAUGGGCCUUAA